CGUCCUACGAUCUUUAUUUAGAAGCGUAUUGAGCAAGGACUUUUUCCAAACACGAAUGAACAUUUCACAGCUGUUACUCGAUUGAUUAUCGUUGAUUUUUCAAUAGGUCAGAGUGAGCCUGCUUCAAUGGCUAAUGAUCUUCCCAUCGUGUCAGUCUGCAUCGUCACUGACAUUGCCAAAUGUCCAGGGAAUCAUACUGUGAUUGAGAAAACCUUCAAUGGGGCGGAGGAGGCGGACUUGUGGAAGGACGGAAUAUUUGGUCGGCGAGUCACCAGAUACUUGUGUGUAGAGAAGACAGUCCCUGCAGAGAAUCAAGAUGUGUUAGUUGACGUUGUGAUAAUAAAUGAGAAGGAUCCAGUUCCUCCUGGUUUCACCGUUCUGGACUUCACACAGGAUACACGAGAAAGAGCCUUGAAGAAGAGAUUGUUAUGUAUCCGAUUGAUGAACCAAACACUGACUAAUGACGCCAUCACAGAACUCAUUCUGAUGUCCAAGGGGACGCGGAAGCCUCCUAAUGGCUACACAUUUGUUGGAGAGUUAAACCACUUGUCCAUGUGCUUCAAGAUGGGGAAGGUGACAAAGACGGAGGGGAAUCUCUCCGGCCAGCUCCCCUACCCAAUGCCACACGCUAGAGGAGGGUCAGGGACCAUCAGUGUAACCGCGCUGGGGUCGUCACUGCCAUACGAGAUGAAUCCAGGUGGACAGCCGGCCGUGAACGGACACAAGCAUGGCACUCUCACCACUCAGCUCUCCCUCACUCACAUCAACCCCUUGAAUGGAGUGCCCUGGCAACUCAACUCCCGGUUGAAGACAAAUGAUAUAACUAUUCCGGUGAUCAAAUACAAGUCUAUGAUGGAUGUUGAAACUGAGUACCAGUAUGAUUUCCUGGUGGAGCGGACGGCAAUGCAAGCGGCUGAAGGCAGCUGAAACCAGUACAAACUGGCAUGAGCUCGAAGCAACCAAUUUAAGUUCUACAUAUUUACACGUUCUUUCUUCCCUCUAUGCUUGGCCCUCCAAUACAUUGUUCAGCAUGUUUUUGCUGUAACUGUGGUGACAUUGAAUCAAUGCUCAUCUGUUUGAGAGAAUAGAUUCUUUCUUGAAGUGGGUUAUUUGUCAGCCAAAUUUGUGUUGGAUUUCUAGUGAAAUGUCUGGUCAAAGAAAAACCAUGUAAAAACCAAAA